AUGGCACCCCCGACUCGCAGCCGUACUAACAACAUCGAGGAGGGUCAUACCGAGGGCAACGAGGCUGGGAACGGAGGAAACACCACUGCCAACCAGCAACCGGAAGCUUUGACUGCGUUGGCGGCGCAACUUGUGAGCUUACUGGCAAUGGGUACCAAUACCAAGGGAGGAACAUCCAGUGAAGGGCAGCAAGGGUGUACUUUCGGAAACUUUAAUCGGCAACGCCCUCCUGUUUUUGAUGGACAACCCGAUGCAAUAGCUGCCGAAAACUGGGUCUUACAAAUAGAGAAGCUGAUGGAUGUGAUGAACUGCACCGAAGAACAGAGGGUCAAGUAUGCUACCUUCUACCUCACUGAGGGAGCUGAACGGUGGUGGACCGCUCAGAAGGAACACCUGCAACAACGACUAGGAGCAAUCAUUCCCUGGAUGGACUUCAAGGAGGCGUUCUUGGAGCGAUUCUUUCCUCAAACUACUCGACAGGCCAAGGCCCAGGAAUUUACAGAUUUGAUUCAAGGAUCAAUGACGGUGGAGCAAUAUGCUGCCAAGUUCAUUGAACUUUCUCGCUUCGCGCCUUACUUGGUGUCCACAGAAGAGCUCACAGCAAGAAAGUUUGAACGAGGGUUACAGCCGCGCAUCAUGAAUCAGAUUGUGGGAUUCGAGAUUUGCAAAUUGACAGACUUGAUCAACAAGGCGGCAGUAAUUGAGCGGACACAGAGAAUGAACUCGGAAUACUUUAAUCAGAAGAAGAGAACUGCACCGCAAGGAAACCGCUCAGGGGGACAAUCAUUCAAUGCCAAUAAGAGGAGACUUAACCAACCAGCAGAGAGGAGUUACACACCUCAGCAAUUCCAUAACCAAAGAGGGGGCGAGCAACGCCCUUCCUGCCAGAAGUGCGGUAGGAUGCAUAGUGGGAAUUGCCUCUACGGGCAAGCAGGCUGCUUUAAGUGCGGGAAACCUGGACAUAUCGCGAGAGACUGUAGGACUCCUGCCAACAACCAAGCCAAUCAGAACCGCUCAGAGGGACAGAGAACCACGGCACCUGCUCGGGGGCAACACACUCGUUUGUGUCGUAUUUCUUUGUUAAAGCCUGCUGUCUGGAGUCUGAAGCCUUAG